AUGCAUUACACCACGUAUCCCCUUCUUCUGACCACCCUCCUCAACACCGUUUUGUGCCAAAUCUCCAAGCUGUUCAUCAGCCAGCCCGCCUUUGUCCAGCACCCGUGGCCCUCCAUCCUCCUCGAGUCCCCCGAGUUCGGCCCCACCGGCUCGUACCUAGACAUCGACCACACCCGGGAGGGCGCAGGAAGCUUCCCCGCACUGUCCUGGCCGUAUUCGUCCGGCACCGCGGUGCAAGAGUAUAUUCUCCUUGUCGAAGACCCUGAUGCCCCGACCUCCGAAGCCGUCGUCCACGGUCUGUUUUACGGAGUCCACCGCGCAACGACCGGGGUACAGAACCCGGAUUUCUUCCUCGACCAGUCGCAGGCUGAGCCGUUUAUGCUGCGGGGUGGGUUCAAGUAUGGCCUGAAUGCAGGGGACGCGGUGUAUUUCGCCCCGCUAGCGCCCCGGGGCCAGGGCCCGCAUCGGUACUUUUUCGAGUUGGUGGCAUUGAAUGAGACCUUGGAUCAGCAGAAUAUCCCUUCGCCUGCCCGUCUCGAAGACAUCAUGCUCGCAAUCAAUGGUAAAGUGGCGGGAUGGGGGGCGUGGAUGGCGCUAUCUCAGCGAGCUUGA